AUGGAGCGAUCAAAACCCCAGGCAUUCCUCUCGUCGUAUGCGCCGCGCCUGCGCACCUACAACAACUCCCUCUUGACCCCCGUCCUACCGAGUGCGCCGUCAGGCCCUGUUUCGCGGACGACUAAGCGAGGCACCACCAUCAUCAACUACGCCGAGGAUGGAUUCGAUGACCUCGACGACGAUAGCGACGACCCCAGGCGUCGUCCCACGGGCCUGCGGAGCCUGCGCAAGGAGGACUCAGCCAGCAGGCUGGACAUGGCCGACAAGGUGGGAAAAGACAUCAAGGAACCGGUCGAUGUCCAGGGCAUAUGGCGAGACUGGAUGGGCAAGAGCCGGUCUGUCAGGAGUGGCCAGCAGAAUGCCGCCCAAGCACAUCUUCCCUUGACUCUGAUACCCAUUCGAAUCGACCUGGACAUUCCGUCCUUCAUCCCACCAGCGCCGUUUCCAGCUCCGAACCCCAACUCAGUCGACAUCUCCCUACCACAAUACCGGCCGCAGGAAAUGACUGUCCCUUACAAGCUACGUGACAUUUUCUGCUGGAAUCUUCACGAGACACUCAUCACGACGGAUCAAUUUGCACAGACACUGGCGCAGGACCUAGAUCUGCCCAAUAGACACGCUGUAGUUGCCGAGAUAAGCAAGCAGAUUCGAACACAGCUGGAAGAAUAUGCCGGCGUUGCUCUUCACCCACUCUUUCAUUCUGAGCCAUCGCAGCCGGCACCGGCACCACCUGCCCAGGGAGUAGUGCCAAUUGCAGGGGUAAAUGGAGCAGGGAAUGGAACACCAAGGCCAAGCAUAUUCAAAUCUCGAGAUGACUCUCCGGCUUCCUUUGCGAGGGGCUUGUCACGGCCUGAUACUCCCGUACAGACGGGAGGUCAAGCAACGCCGCAGCCACCGGCAUCACAAGCACCCGAGGCCACAGCACCCGAGGUCACAGCCGAAGCAACGCCUAUCCUGCCUGAUUCUGACGAAUACAACCCUGAUGAUACUUAUCGAUGCAUCAUAAACCUGAGUCUGAACCUUUCAUCCAUGUUAUACACAGACAAGUUUGAGUGGUCACUUCUUCACCCUCCAGGCACCGCAGAGGCUUUCGCAAAGGCAACGUGUGCCGAUUUGGGAUUGGCAGGCGAAUGGGUUCCAGCAAUGACGCAUGCCAUCUACGAGGCAGUGCUCCGUCUGAAGAAGGAGGCCUGUGAGGCUGGCGGCCUUGUUGGUGGAUGGGGUGGAGCUCAACAAGAGCUGCCAAACGAUGCCGCGCAUGGCCAGGAGGCUGGCUGGAGAUACGACCCCGAUCACCUGGCUGAUGACUGGGAGCCAAAGGUCGAAUUCCUCAGCAAGGAGGAGAUGGAGAAGCGGGAAGGUGACCGUGAAAGACAGAUCCGGCGACUGCGGCGUGAAACAGCGCGAUUCAGCUCUACGACUGGCAUGCUGGGUGGCACUCCGUUCGGUAUUGGCGCAAGUGUCGAGGUGGAGGAGGAGAGAAUGGGCAGAGGCGAGCGUUCCAAGAAGAAGCGGCGCUUCCGAAGUCUGAGUCCUCUCGCCCGUGGUGGAACACCACUUGGGCGAGUCACUCCUGAUGUGGGCGGAUACGGGGGAGGAGUAGGAGCCUUGACCGAUAUGGAGCGAAUCUCGUGGCGAUGUUCGCACUGCCGUACGUGGGGUACGAGCGUCUGGGCAGUUCGAGACGGCCCUGCUGGGCCCAAGUCCCUUUGCGCCAACUGCGGCUACUUUUACGAACGAGAUCGCAGGUUGCCGCGCCAGACUAAAAAUCUGCACCUGCAAGACAUUCGAGCGGUCUAGGAACCCACUGAUGAGCCCUGUCACGACAAAGAACAAGACGAGAGGCAGCACAAGGAAAAAGGCCCAACUUUGACUUUACCCCAGGAUCACAAAGCAACCCCGCAGAAGCAACAACAACAACAACAGCAGCAGCAGCAGCAGCCACAGCAACAUCAAUAUCCACCUGUCUUUGACCCCCCUCAUACCCGACGCUCUCGCCGCCAGCGCUGGAGACAGCAACUCGUGGAGUAUCAACAGUCUGCCACUGCUUCCUCUACGGUUCCUGUAUGCCCGCGACUUGUGCCGUCUUUGCCUGCCAGGCCUUGGCUGACUACGAUGAUGCCCGCGCAGGGGAGUGAGAGAAUCAUGAAGAUGCGCGCGAGAAAUGCCUGGGAAAUGAAUUUGCGUGGAUAGAUUACGCCCCGUCUUUUCAUACGAUAUGGGGAUAGAAACAAAAAAAAAAAAAAAGGGAGAGGAGUUAAGUUGUAUGUAGAAGGGAAAAAACCCGGUGGUUCAAGAGUUCUUUAUAAUAACUAACGAUAUUCUUCCCCUUCCUUCUUCUUCUUUUUUUCUUUCUAAUUUUCACUUUCUACUCCCGUUAUGGUCUUUUGAAAGAAUCAGCAUCAAUUUCCAAUUUCUUCUUCAUACGUUUCUAAUGGGCGUCACGGGACACAUAUAAAUGAUAUGGAAGAUGGAAAAGAA